AUGUCUAUUGAUAAAAGCUGGACUACUAAUCCAUAUCGAAACCAUCCCGAGUUACAAGCAGGACUCAAAGCUUUUAUUGAGAAGUCCAAGUCGCACCUUGAUAGUAAUGGUAAAAUCAGAUGUGCGUGUGAAAAAUGUGAUAACCGUUACUUCAAGUACCCGACUGCAGUUGAACGCCAUAUAUUUAUAAAUGGUUUCAGUAAGGCGUACAAAAUUUGGAUCUAUCAUGGUGAAUCUUUUAUUCCUCCAGUCGUCUUGCCAAGUAACGAAAUGGCCGAUUUAAUCGAUGAUGUGAUGUGGGAGUCGAGAGAAAAUGAUACCAACCUCGAUGAAAGAACCUCAAAUAUAAGGGGUAGCGGUGUGGAUGAUGAUUUUGCACAGUUGUUGGAAGAAAUGGAAACUCAAUUGUAUAAUGGUUGCAUCUUUUCUUCCCUUGAGUUUCUAGCAAAGUUAAUGCAUAUCAAGGUGAACAACAAAUGGACUGAUAGUUCAUUUGAUCAACUCCUUGAGCUCUUGCAAUUAGCAUUUCCCAAAGGCAACAAGAAAGAACAUGAUUCAUUGCAAGUUUGUCCCGUUUGUAAAGAGAGCCGAUGGAUCGAUAAAAACACCAAGGGUAAGAAAGUACCUCAUAAGGUGUUACGGUACUUUCCUGUGACCCCUAGACUACGACGUUUAUAUUGUUCGAGGCACACUGCCAAAAAUAUGAUUUGGCAUAGUAACAGACGUUCAGAAGAUGGUGUGAUGAUUCAUCCUGUUGAUGGGGAACAUUGGCAAGAUUUUGAUAAAAAAUACCCCGACUUCUCGAGUGAACGCCGUAACGUACGCCUAGGUCUUUCAGCUGACGGUUUCAAUCCAUUUGGGAACAUGUGUAAUCCACAUAGCACAUGGCCGGUCAUACUCACCACAUACAAUCUGCCACCCUGGCUUUGUAUGAAAGAGUCAUCAUUCAUGUUGACUUUGUUGAUUCCAGGACCGAAAGCUCCAGGUAAGGAUAUGGAUGUUUUCCUUAGACCGUUGGUGGAAGAGCUUAAACAUUUGUGGAACUCAGGCGUACGUAUUAAAGAUGCGGCGACAAACACAUUCUUCACGAUGAGAGCUAUGUUGUUGUGGACAAUAAAUGAUUGGCCAGCUCGUAGUAGUUUAUCAGGUUGGAGUGGGCAAGGGUAUAAAGCAUGUGCUACUUGCAAUGAAGACACUCCUUCAUACCGUGCAACAAACAAAGUCGUAUAUAUCGGUCAUCGUCGUUUCCUGGAUGCUAAUGAUCCGUUAAGAAAGAGGUUGGACUUUAACGGGAUGGAAGAGACAAGACUCGCUCCGAGACACUUUAGUAAUGAUGACAUACAAGAGCAACUAGGUCGUCUACUAACUCGUAAACCGGGUAAACAUCCUGAGCAUGGAGGCGGGGAGCCAAAGCGGCAAGAUUAUGAGUUGAACUGGUCAAAACGAAGCAUUUUCUUCGAACUCGAGUAUUGGUCUUCUCUACAGUUGAAACACAACAUAGAUGUCAUGCAUGUCCAGAAAAAUGUGGACGAGAGUUUGUUAGGGGUUAAACUGCCGGAUGGGUUUGGUUCUAACAUUAGUAAGAAAGUGAACGAUACCAAUACUAACAUUAUUGGGUUGAAAUCGCAUGACCACCACAUUCUUAUGCAACGUUUGAUACCGAUUGGAGUAAGAGGGUUGUUAGACAAAGAUACUUAUACACCUAUUGUAGACCUUUGUAUGUUUUUCAAGCAACUUUGUUCCAGAACAUUGAAGGUGGAGGAUAUGAGGAAAGAAAAAGUAGACAUUAUUGCAAUCUUGUGCAAGUUAGAAUUGAUUUAUCCUCCGGCGUUUUUUGACAUUAUGGUUCAUUUACUUUUGCAUUUACCUGAUGAAGCAAUUGCUGGAGGCCCGGUUUGUAUGAGAUGGAUGUUUCCAUUCGAGAGAUAUAUGAAAAAACUAAAAAACAAUGUCAGAAACAAGGCGAAGCCAGAAGGUUCUAUAGUUGAGGGUUAUGUUGCUGAAGAAGCUUUAUCAUUUUGUUCAAUGUACCUUCGAGAUGUAAAGAAUCGUCCGGAAAGAAAUGUAGAUGUUGUCAUUGAAAAAACAAAUUGUGAAGAAGUCAGACAGUAUAUCAAGAAAUUCAAAUCUGAGCAUCCCCAAAGUGAUGAAAAGAGAGAAUUUCAAAAAUCUCCAGAAUUCCACAAAGAGUUGUCGGUUCUUGCAAUGGGCCCGCAAAUGAAUGCCUAUUCUUACACCGCAUGCAUAGUUAAUGGUGUUAGGUUUAUGGUACUUAGUCGUGACACACAACGUACAACACAAAACUCUGGGGUUUUAGCGGUGGGUGAGAAAGGCGAGAAAUAUUAUGGCCAGUUAGAAGAGAUUAUAGAGUUGAGGUAUACACAUGAUUAUUCAACUGUACUAUUUCGUUGCAAGUGGUUUGAUACUCGAACAGGAGUUAUUUCUAGUGAUAGUUUCACCAGUAUCGACACACAACGCGAAGCAUACAAAGAUGAUCAACUCAUAUAUGCAUCACAAGCCAAACAAGUGUUCUACAUCAGAGAGCCAAACAAUAACCAUCGGUGUGUUGUCGAGCAUGUUAAUCAUCGAAGUAUUUGGGAUCUACCAUCGAACGAUGACCUUGUUCAAAAUGUUGACAAUGUCUCACACGAAAAUGUAGACGAUGUCGAUUUUCAAAACAUUCCUAGAGUCAUUGUUGAUGUAGAAAGUGCAUCUGAAGUUCCUCCGCCAACUGGUAGAGUCAAUGAUGUUUCUGAUUGCGAGAUUGAUUACGAUGACACCGAUUCUGACUAUGAUACCGAAGAAGACACUGAAGGAUAUGAGGAAGAUUCUGAUUAG